AUGCCCGAAAUUCAGAAUGCAGGAUCGGUGCUUUCUGGCUUGCAGCAAGCCUGCUUGGUCGUGGCCUCCUUUCUCGCGCAGGUGGUGGUCUUGGGGCUCCUCUACUCCUAUGGCACACUUUUCGCUGCACUGAAGGCAGACACAGGCGAUGCAGCCAGCACCCUGGCGCUUGUGGGUUCGAUUCGGGAUUCUGUCUUCUGCCUUGGGGCUGCGCCAGCAGGAUUCCUGGUCCGGCGUGUCGGCUUCGUGCGGAUGGCUACCAUUGGAGCAGGUUUACUUCUGCUCGGCAUGCUUGCAGACAGCUACGCCCCCUCGAGCUACUUCCUCUUCAUAACCUGUAGUUUGGUCGGUGGGAUGGCCAUGACCCUGACCUUCACCCCAACCCUGACGGUCCUCUAUGGUCCAGGCCAUAUCAGUCGAAGCUUUCUGCCAGUGGCUGUGGGUCUGGCUUCGUCCGGCGGAGGCCUUGGAACUGUCGUGGUGAACCUGGGCCUCCACCUACUGCUGGACAGCUUCAGCUGGAGGGGUGCGCUUCGGAUUUGCUGCGGGGCGUUUGGCCUACUGCUGUCUGUUUCCCUGGUGGCUCUGUGGUGCGGUCUUCGCCAACACAAGCAGGCCAAAGAACCUACCACCAAAUCUCGAGAGUUUUGGAGCCACGGCGAUGUCCGAGACUUCUUCCAGCCUUUCGGAGACUUGCAGUACCUGCUGCUCACCGCCACUUUGCUCCUUUAUGCCAUUGGCUGCAUGGUGCCGUACACACACCUUGUGUACUAUGCGAAAGCAGAGAGGGGACUGGAAAUUUCAGGAGAGCUAACUUCACUUCUUGGUAUAUCAGGUGCAGCUGCUCGUCUUUGCUUCGGCCUUCUCUCUACAUGCGUGAAGCCUUCGAGGCUUUUCCUGAUCGUCCUGCUCGUGGCGGGGGCAUCCUUAAUUUGCCUGCCCUUCUGCGACGAUGCCGCAGAACUGAAGGCCUUCUCUGCCAUUUAUGGCUUCUCGUCCGGAGGCCGUGUUGUUCUGUUGUCCUUGGUCGUGAACGAGCUUUUUGACUCACAGAGAGUAGCACACCUCAUGGGACUUUCUGGCAUUCCGUUAGCAGUCGGUUCGCUUCUUGGGCCCACCUUCGUCGGCAAAGUCUAUGACCUCACUGGCCACUAUGACGGCGCCUUCUUCGCGGCGGGCGGGAUCGUUCUCUUGGCAGUCCCGGUGUUUGUCCUUGCGGGGCGAUCCAUCGAAAGACCUUCGCCCUCGAGAGCAGCAGAUCGCACUAGCUCACUAGCUCCGAUGCCAUGA